AUGACUGAUGACGUAGAACAGAGACGACUGCUUUUCCUAUGAUAAUACGCGAUAUUGUUUUUAAACGCGCACACACACACACACACACACACACGCGCAUUACGCGUAAUUGUACGUGAAAUUUUUUUUCUCUCAUACUUCUCUCCUCUCUUAACCCCUAACGUGUCACACCGUUCGUCACCCGGUUAUCGGGCGCCCCCACAUCGGCCGAUAGCGCGACCGCGAUGCGUAUGACCCGUCGUCGUCGUCCGUCCGUCGCCGCCGCCGCCGCCGCUGCCGUCGUCGCCGUCGCUUUUGCCGUCGCCGUCGUCGUCGCCGCUGCCGCUGCCGUCGUCGUAGUAGUGUAAACCAACGGCUACGGGGAACAAGCUUCGCGCGCCCGACACCGCCUCAAUUGACUUCGCCGCCACCGCCGCCGCCGCAACCAGAGUCCCGGAAACUCCGUCGUCUUCCGAUGUGUCGCCGCCGUAUCCGGUCCGCACCGUCCUGCAACUGAUACGCGUCCGUCGCUCGUGGAAAACGAUGAUCCGUUGAAGACUUUGUCGAACUUCACACUACUGUUGCUACAAGGCGUUUAAGUGUAAUUAUCAAUGAGUAAUCAGCUGGUCGACUCAUGUUUGUUGGUGAACAGAAGGGUGGAGAAGCUUCAAGAGCAAAGCUUCACUUGCACUGAGAUUACACAGAGAGCUCAGUCAGACCUCUCUCAAAAUAAUUCAUACCCAAAUGAUAUCACAUAUUCAAACAACGGCCUUCAAGAAAAUCAUUCAUCUAAUUCAUCUGCUCAAUGUAGUGAGAAACCUGUAUUAGUAUCUCAAACAAAGAAACAUCAAACAACACAACAAGUUACAACUGUGACAAAAGUUGUUCGAGAAGUUCAUCAUAUGAUUCCUAAUGGUCAUUCAUUAGAUUACAUUCCAUAUACAUUAGGAGUAUCAUCUUCGUCAACUUCAUCAACUCAACCAAAUAAUCCCGCUCAUAUGUCAGAAUCUGGACAUUAUAAUAAUGACUACCAGAAUUACAAUCCAGGUUGUCAGGAUUAUGACCAUUAUGUUGGCGUACAUCCUGGACUUUCGUAUUACAGUUCCAACAAUAUACCUGGCCAGCAAGGUGCUAAGAUAGAUGGAAAUCCUUACCAUGUAUACGACACAGGAUCAUCCCCUAACCAACUGGGGCAUGAAUAUAAUGAAACGAUACCCACACCACCAAGUCCUAGUGCAUGCAGUGAAUCUCCUCCACCACAACAGCUCAUGGCUCAAGAAUACAUGAGAAAAGGAUUACCAUAUCCUCCUUCUGGCUAUGAAGAACUUGAUGCUACACAAUUGCAUCCAAAUCAUGACCAUUAUCACCGAAUAACACCGUCACCUGGCGAUUGUUAUGAUCAAAUGAGUGGAUCAUGGAAUAUGGAUGAAUGUGGAGAUCAAAUGGCUCAAGGUCUUAGAUGGAGAGAUCCUAAUUUACCUGAAGUUAUAACAUUCUUGGCUAACCCAAAUAAUUUAAUUAAAGCAAAUGCUGCUGCUUAUUUACAACAUUUAUGUUAUAUGGAUGAUCCAAAUAAACAAAAAACUAGAACAUUGGGUGGAAUACAGGCUUUGGCAAAGCUCUUAAAUCACGAUUGUCCAGAUGUUUACAGAAAUGCGUGUGGGGCCCUUAGAAAUUUAUCAUAUGGAAGACAAAAUGAUGAAAACAAACGAGCUAUUAAAGAUGCUGGAGGAAUACCAUUAUUAAUCAAUUUGUUGCAUAAAUCUGCUGAUGCAGAAGUUAAAGAACUCGUUACAGGAGUUUUAUGGAAUUUAUCAUCAUGCGAAGAUUUGAAAAAAUCAAUUAUUGAUGAUGGCCUUUCAACUAUUGUGAAUCAUAUUUUACUACCUCAUUCAGGGUGGAGUCCUACUGCUUGUAGUGACAUCUGUUGGUCCACUGUAUUCAGAAAUACUUCUGGUGUAUUAAGGAACAUAAGUUCAGCUGGUGAAUAUGCACGAAAAAAGUUACGUGAAUGUGAACAUUUAAUUGAUUCACUUUUAUAUGUCAUUUCAACUGCUAUUGAAAAAUCAAACAUUGGAAAUAAAAGCGUUGAAAAUUGUGUGUGCAUAUUACGGAAUUUAUCAUAUAGGUGUCAAGAAGUUGAAGAUCCAAAUUAUGAUAAACACCCUUUACCAACUCAAAGUAGAGUUGGUCCUCAGCCAAAAGCAGAAAACUUGGGCUGUUUUGGAGCUAGUAAGAAGAAAAAAGAUAUCCAAGUGGUUUCACCCAAAGAAAAUCCUAGUAGUCGUAUAAUUCCUAGAUCAGAACCAGCUAAAGGAAUGGAACUUUUAUGGCAACCAGAAGUGGUUCAAUCAUACUUAGCGCUACUACAAAGCUGUUCAAAUCCAGAAACUCUUGAAGCAGCUGCAGGUGCAAUUCAAAAUUUAGCUGCAUGUUAUUGGCAGCCUAGCAUUGAAAUUAGAGCUGCAGUUCGGAAAGAAAAAGGUCUCCCUAUUCUUGUUGAGCUCUUACGAAUGGAAGUGGAUCGUGUAGUAUGUGCUGUUGCCACGGCCUUAAGAAAUUUGGCUAUUGAUCAAAGAAAUAAAGAACUUAUUGGCAAGUAUGCAAUGAGGGACUUAGUUCAAAAAUUACCAUCAGGAAAUGCUCAGCAUGAUCAAGGAACUUCAGAUGAUACUAUAGCAGCAGUAUUAGCUACACUCAAUGAAGUCAUUAAGAAAAAUGCUGAAUUUGCUAGGUCAUUAUUGGAUUCAAGUGGAGUAGAAAGAUUAAUGAAUAUAAUCAGACAACGUCAGAAGUAUACAUCUAGAGUUUUGAAAUUUGCUAGCCAAGUUUUGUUUGCUAUGUGGCAGCAUCAAGAAUUGAGAGAUGCAUAUAAAAAGCACGGUUGGAGAGAACAAGACUUUGUUACAAAAACAAUUGCAGCCAGAAAUGCAGCGGGUGGAGUAAACUCUCCAAAUAAUGCAAACAGUACACUUAAUCGCCCUAUGGCGAGUCAAGGUGGAACUCGGUAUGAAGAUCGAACAAUUCAAAGACAAAAUCCAAAUGUUUCACAGAUGAAUCAUUCACUAUCAAACUCUAACACAAAUUCUACUUACCAGGCUAAUGAAGAUAUUCCAUUAGCUGAUAUGCCAUAUCCCGAAGUGUCUAAUCAUACUCCUCCAGCUGGUGGAGUAUUAAUUUAUCCUCCUGGACAUCCAUUGAGACCAGGCGAACCACUUUAUGCUCAAGUUAACCGCGAGAAAAAGAAGAAUAAACAAUAUGACCCAUCAUGUUCAAUGGGUGAAAUGUGGAAUUAUAAUGAACAAGCGCAACCAAAAGUAUCAUCAGUUGAUGUCUCCACUGCUCAAGGUGGUGAUUCAUGGGUAUAAUAACCAUUUGGCUGACUUUAUACGCAUUUUUUUUCUUAGUAUCUUAAAUAUACAAUGUAAGUAUUUGUUAUUAUGACGAGGUGAUAUUAUUAUUAUUUCCGCAUUUGUGACACAAAACCAUUUUUAUAUUUAAUUAGUUGAUAAGGACGUGUUAGUUUUUAAUAAUUUAUAAAAUGUAAAUUAUAACAUACAUAUUUAUCCAUUAUAUACACACAUAACACAUAUAUAAUUUAUUAUUUUAUGUACAAUUAAAUGCACACAAUAUUUGGAGAUAAUGUUUAUGUGCCAAUAAUAUGAUAAUGAUAAUUUUAGACUUAGUGUUAUAUUAUCAGUUUUUACUUGAAUAUUAUUAAGUGGGGCUCACAUAUCUUUUCUUACAUACUGAUUUGUACUCAUGUUAUUAUUUAAAUCACUAACUUUGUUUCUUCAAAGAAUGAAAUUAAACUGACAAAAAAGGUUUAGAUUUGGAGAGUUUUGUGUUAAAAGUACAUUGUGUUAAUGUUGGAAUAUAUAUGUAAUAAAAGAAAUGUUAACUUUGCUUAAAGUAAGUCAAUUUGAAACCAUUAUGUGCAAUGAUUGUUUGUAUUUAUCAUUUGUUUAAAAACUAAGACGAUAUAGUUACUCAAGUAACUAAAUAUAAUAUGUAAACAUAUAUAUUUACCCUUUUUCAGGAAAUUUUAUAUCUACUAUGUACUUGGUAAUAAAUGACCCGUUCUUUUAGAAUUCUUAAUAAAAAUAUAAUAUAAUGUACACAUAAAAUAGUGUUUCUAUGAGAAUUUAAUUUGAUGAUCCACUCAUUAGUAGAUUGAGUUCAAGAAUUUUUUCAGGUUGUUAUAGUAUGAUACAGAUGAUAUAAGGAAGAAAAGAACCAAUUGAACCAAAGUGAAAACAGUAGUAGAUAUAAAGUGUCCUGACAAAUAAUUGUAAAAAAAGAUGUAAAAUUAAAAUGUUUAUUCUGUAAUAAUCUGUUUAAAAAUCGAAAAGUUUUUUUUCGUAUUGUUAGAAGAAAAAGAAUAAAUGGCAACCAAAUAGUUGUAAGUGCUUUUA